CCCGGCGCUGAAGUCAGUGCGCCUGUCGGUCUGGGAAUGAGCGCAACUUUUACACGCUUCUCUUUGUCGCGCCGCUGCUUUGCCUGUGUUUUACUGUCCCCUCACUUGAAGAGUGCACUCCGGAGGCUGCUUUCCAAAUCAAACCUGACAUGGGUUGCUUGUCGGCCCUAAGGACAGUUCUAGUCUUGGGCCUGGUUACGGCCCUUGCGGGAUGCGCCCCCGGUUUAAACCGGACAGCAGAGCGCUUGGAGGCCCUCUACUCCCGCUCUCUGGCACGGAUCCCAGGGGAGAAACGGGAGGAGAACAGUCGGGACGGAGACUAUCUCUUAGGCAUUAAACGCUUGCGGCGUCUCUACUGCAACGUAGGGAUUGGUUUUCAUAUACAAGUGUUGCCCGACGGAAAAAUAACAGGAGUACACAGCGAGAAUCGUUACAGUCUCUUGCAGAUCUCUCCUGUGGAGAGAGGGGUGGUUACUCUGCUGGGUGUUCGCAGUGGGUUCUUUGUGGCCAUGAAUAGAUAUGGAAAAAUUUAUGGAUCUUUACGCUACAGCAACGAGUGCAAGUUCAGAGAAGAGCUCCUCGCCAACAACUACAAUGCCUAUGAAUCGGUUGCCUACCCAAGGAUGUUCAUCGGCCUGAGUAAGAAUGGCAAAACAAAAAGAGGAAACAGAGUGUCACCAGCUAUGACAGUGACACAUUUCUUGCCAAGAAUCUAGCGACCUGAUAAAUGUGCUUCAAGACAAUGUGGAAAAACGUUAGGGGAGGGGUUCUCCAAGCUAUGAUGCACUUUCACUCCAAGCUCUUUGUAAGUGUAUCAUGUUUGAUAUGUUAUAAUGUACAUUUUAAUUUUUUUUAUUUAUGUUUAAAAUCUGUUUUGUAUUUUUAUAGAAGUGGGUGUUUUUUCACUGACUGACAAUAUACUAAACAUUGUAUUUAUGUUUUCAUUUCUUAUUUAUCAGAGAUUUGCUGCUACUGAAUGAAACCCUGCCUUUUGAUGCUUUCUUUGCACAGAUGGACAAAUUAGUAACUCAAAGGGCAUAAAUGUAUGAUUUCAGAAAUGGGAUUGGUUUGCAACAAAACUUCUCAGAGUUUUAGAAUACAAAAUAUUAAUGACAUGUAAGUGUCCUUUGUGUGAGAAUGUGGCACUUAUUGCCCAGCUCCUUAAACCUUAUGCUUCUUCUUAAUGAUCAGCGGUGGAUCUGAAGAUGUUUUGGAACCAACUUAUCUUACUCAAAUGUAGACAGAUUCAAGCUAUAGCAUCAGAUACAGCAUUUUCUUGUAUUCACUUUACAUUCUUUGCUUUCCUAUAGCCUCAUUAGCACCGCCCCAGAAAGAUUACUACAUGCUGGUGAUGCAUAUCAACUGUGAUUUGUCUUAUUGGUUUCCUCUGAUAUAAGGCCUAUGUAUAACUGAAAUUCAAAUGUUACUGACUAUACCUGAGUUAGGUAUGCUCAUGAUGCUAACAAAAAUAAUCAACAUUCUGUUUGUACCUCUUUUUCUCACCAUAAAAAAACAUAAAAAUUGCCCAUACUGGCAUCUCUUAGUUUUAAUAUAUUGAAUUCCCCCACACAACUUGUUAUGUCAUGCAGAUAUAUAAAAGCAAAGGUGCUGUUGCACCUGAGCCUCUGAUUAGACAUAUUUUUGAAACUUAAACCACACCUUAAAAUUAUCCAAAAACACAGAGCAGCACCACUUAUUUAAUAGCUGACAUAGAAUAAUACCUUGGGUCAAACAGUGGGGACUUGAUUAUGAUUACAAAUUGUUAUGAUUGACCAGCAUAACACCACCUGGUUCAAGUUGGGCGAAAAGGAGCAUGUAUUGCUCUGGAGCCUAAUUGAAAUAAUAUCACAUUACUUAGGAAGAGGGACAGAGAAGGAAAGAGGGAAACGGACAAGAGAAGGGGAGGAGGGGAGAGUUAACCCUACAGCCUCCACUGUGUCUGUUUAUAGCACUGCCAGAGGGGUGAACUCUGAACUUUUCAGUCUAAGUCACAGCUCUGCGUCCACAAGUAGAGAGAGAGGAAUCCUCUUUGACAUUAGUGUAGAAUUUGGGAGUUUAUAGGCAAGGUCAAAGAGCUGAAAUGCAACAGUCAAGCAAUAGCCUUGACCUGGGAUGAGACUAUUCCUGUUUUAAAGUAAUACCUUAUUGUCAGGCAGCUGUCAAACACGAAGAAAUAGGGAAGCUCAGUAGGCCUGAUACAGAAUAUUUAUGUACACACACACACACACACACACACACA